AUGGGACUUCUCUGGUGCAGCGUGAUUUUCCUUUGGACAAUUGUAGGAGCUGAGGUGUCCACUUCAGGGUACAAGCUAGCAGUUGUUUGUGAAAAAGAAGGACAUCUUGUGGAGGUACUUGAUCGAUACGUCACGAUUAGUCUCAAUAAUGAAUCUCACGUUGAUGAAACAGUACAAAGCUUCCUUAUACAUGUUCGUGAAGAGAGAUCUAACGCUAAAAACAUAGCUGAAUGGAUUGGUCAUCCAAUCAAUGCCUACCACCUGGUCAAGAGGACAGCAAAAGACUGGUUAAAGGUCCAGCAGAAAAUCAACUGCAAUACGUGUUUACCUACCAUUGCAGCACAGGAAUUCUAUUCAUCCUGGAAUCAGAUAAUAGAUCGACAAGGCAUUUGGACGAGUAGCAAUGAUAUCAUGAUUGCUGAGAAAGGCUUAGCAAGACUUUAUGAAACCUACGCCAUUGACUAUAAAACUCUGAUAUCAGGGACCAUUUUAAACGUUAGCACAACCCCGUUAACGCCUGCAGAUGCCAUCAGUAUAGCAUUACAUCUGGAGAAAGAGCCAAAAAUCACGUGGAUCGAAAAGUUACUGGAGACGGAGGAGAUUUCCGAUAAAGAGUCUCUACUUUACGAUCUAGCUAUGGCCUACCAUAUGGUGAAAAAGUCCCAGAAAGCACUGGAUAUAUUGAAAAACCUACAGCAGACAAGUACCCGACCAAUGAAAGGCAUUAUAAGGAUUGUCAGACAGGCGGCCAAGAAAUCUGUUGAUACCGAACCGUAUGAGAGUCCUUUCUUCCAUCAGGAAAAAUUAGCGAAAGCCUACAGAAAUCUUUGUCAGGAAAACUCACAGGAAGUGAAGUCUGCACCGGUCCUUCACUGUUACAACAAAGUAACACAGAUUCCCUACUACACAGCAAAGGAGGAAGUCAUAAACUACGUGCCACGUGUGUCACGGUUUCAUGACGUUAUAUCAGAUCAAGAAAUUUCACAGCUUAUGAAUGCAAGCAAGUAUCAAUUGAAGCCAGCCAGUGUUGUCGGAAAGGAUGGUAAAUACACUUCUGUUUUUAAAACCAGGACUGGUGAAACAGCUUGGAUACAUCCUUCAGAAGAAAUCGCAAUAAGACUAGACAGAAGAGUCACACUACUGACGGGACUAGAUUCAUUUUCGGCAGAAUAUUUCGAGGUAGUGAACUACGGACUUGGCGGACAUUAUCUAUGGCAUUAUGAUGCACUAGAUUUACUAAACAAGAAAAAUAUUGAUCGUGAUUACGAACUUGGAGACAGAAUAGCUACCUGGAUGUUUUACCUAAGCGAUGUACAGGCAGGUGGCGCCACAGUCUUUCCUAGACUGAGUCUAAGGAUACCCCCAAUAAAAGGGACUGCUGUUUUUUGGUAUAACCUUCUACCAAGUGGAGAGCGUGAUGAUCGGUCACAGCAUGGAUCCUGUCCUGUCCUUCUCGGUUCCAAAUGGAUUACUACCAAGUGGAUACUAGAACACCGCCAGGAAUUCCGGAAACCUUGUAGAAUAAAUCCUAUGGAUGAACAUUUAUGA